AUGGCUGAGUGGCAGGAAGACGGUAGCAUGGUGUCCAUCUCUAACUGCCCUGGAGAAAGAGGUGGGGAGCUGUCUCCUUACAUUUCCAAGCAGGAUCACGAGCUUGGAGGCAUGACUGACCAAACCGUCAACCUACGCAGGAGGAGUCAGCAAGCACCAGCGAAACAUGGCAAGACUGCUCUGGGCUACGUCCCUUUUCCUGUUGCUUCACCCCACAGCCGCUCAAACUCCAGGUACCGUCUUUCUGUCGACCGGUACGCGGAUGAAGAUUCUCAAUUUUGCAAGCUGUGCCCACCGCCGGUGGAAAGAUUCAGAGUUUGUGACCUCGAGGGAGAGUCGUUCCUCGGCCUCCCAUCUCAGCCAGAUGUGUUUGUGACUCAUGAAAAGGCCAAUAACCUCCUAGCAAGACAGAGGCGGGCAAACAGCUUUCUGGAGGAAUUUAAAGAGGGUGACGUGGAGAGGGAAUGCAUUGAAGAACGGUGCUCGAAAGAAGAAGUGAGAGAAAUCUUUGAAGAUGACCGGCGAACUGAUGAAUAUUGGAAUAAGUAUGUAGACGGCGAUCAGUGUGAGUCCAACCCUUGCAGGAACGGGGGCGUCUGUCGUGAUAACGUUAACCGGUACGAUUGCCAAUGUCCAAAGGGUUACCAUGGCAGCAACUGCGAGAUUGAUGUCCCACAGCUCUGCAACCUAGACAAUGGAGGUUGCCAGCAUUUCUGUAGGGUCCAAAGGGAACAAGUCAGGUGCUCCUGCGUCAAUGGCUUUGCACUUCAUGCAAACAAGAGAUCCUGUAUUCCAGAAGUUCCUUAUCCUUGUGGGACCGUCAUAAAGAACAGAGUCCGAAGAUCAGAUUUGGAUGGUGACUCUGUGUUAGCUAACAACACUGCGCCGACAGACAGCUCUGCAUCAAACAGCACCAGUGACCAAGCUAUUGAGCCAACCCACAACUCUAACCCCACUGACCACAUUGUAAGGAUUGUGGGUGGACAGGAUUGUCCCUUGGGACAAUGCCCAUGGCAGGUUCUUUUAGUCGAUGAAAAUGGCAAAGGGUUUUGUGGAGGUACAAUUCUAACUGAGACUUUGGUGGUGACUGCAGCUCAUUGUCUGAACGAAACAACAACGAUCACUGCUGUUGUGGGUGAAUUUAAUGUCAGGGAAGACGAGCACACAGAACAGCGGCUUGAGGUCGAGGCAGUCAUCGCUCACCCGCAUUUCCUGCGCAGAAAUUACGACAACGAUAUUGCGGUCCUGCAAUUGAAGAAGCCUAUGCAGUUCAACCAGAACGUUGUGCCGAUCUGCCUGCCCCAGAAAGACUUUGCAAACAGGGUGCUGAUGAACUCACCGAAUGCCUUGGUCAGUGGUUGGGGCCACGUCGUUUACCACGGGAUGUCAGCUGACAAGCUCCAGCGCAUCAUGGUGCCGUAUAUUGAUCGGACGGAAUGCGUCGAGUCCAGCAGGCACCAGGUGUCUCCGAACAUGUUCUGCGCUGGCUACAAGAACAAGAGCAAAGAUGCUUGCCAAGGGGACAGUGGUGGGCCCCACGUCACAGAACACAAGCGCACCUGGUUCUUGACUGGUAUUGUCAGCUGGGGAGAAGGAUGCGCCCAGCAGGGCAAAUAUGGCAUCUAUACCAAGGUGUCAAGAUACGUCAGUUGGCUCAAACUGAUCAUUAGACAUGUGUCUACUAAUCAAAACAGGGAGGACACCCUAGAGCUCAGUGAGAGCGCCCCUACCCAUAAGCCAGAAGCUCUGCGCUCAGCUUUGCCCCCGCCAGGACAUGCCAGUGACCACUAA